AUGGGCAUAUACGAGGGUGUACACGGGGGUUUAGGAUUUGGUCGGAGGAAUGAAGAGGGAAGCAGGAUAUUGGAAUUCGCUACUGCGCAUGACCUGGUAAUAGCAAACUCGUUCUUCCGAAAGAGGAAAUCUCAGCUAAUUACCUUCCAGAGCGGCGGCAAUGAAACACAAGCAACCAAGACAGAGAAGGCUGUAAGGCCAAGAACCCCAUGGAAAAACCUUAUGGGUGAAGCAGCAGAGACGUUUAGAUCGACGACCAGUGCGAGGUUCUCAUUAGAGAUUCAAAACGGCGAGCAUAUGGAUGCUGAUCAGUUGUGGACACACUUGGCAAAGGGUAUGAGGGAGACGGCAAAGGCGGUACUAGGGGAAACAAGAGGGACAGGUAGUCAACAGAAAGGGGGUAGGGAAUCUUGGUGGAUCAGUGAAGAGGUCCAGACCAAGGUUGCGACAAAACUUAGCUGCUUUAAAGAACUUAUCAAGAGCAAGCAAAACGGGACAAAUGAGGACUGGUCCUUGGCUAGGCAGAGAUACUAA